UCUUCUGCACCCCUCGGCAUUUUUUUGGUAAAUGCUUUGGAGUUUUUGAAGUAACAUCGUUAUAACGACGCCUUGCUUUGUUAAGAAAACUUGGAGUGCUGUGAUGAAUGCUACGGUGGUUAAAAAAACCCAGGACACACUGGGCAAAGUGAUAAAGAAACCGCGUUUAACGGAGAAGCUGCUAAGCAAGCCACCGUUUUGCUACCUACACGACAUCUUCAGCGAGGUAAUCAGGACUACUGGUUUUAUGAAAGGCUUAUAUGGAGAGAAUGAGUUGAAGUCUGAUAAUGUGAAGGAUAGGGACUCUAAGGUAGCUUUCCUCCAGAAGGCAAUAGACGUUGUGAUGCUGGUGAGUGGCGAGCCCCUGACUGUUAAACCACAACGUAUUGUGGCAGGCAGUGAGCCUGACAAAACCAAUGAGCUUCUGCAGGUCCUCGCCAAGUGCUGCCUAAGCAAGAUGUCCAGUGAUGAUGCAGUGAGGCGAGUUCUUGCAGGAGAAAAGUUGGACAUACAGACCAAGGCCAGUACCUCUGGUUCUCAGGACAAGGAGAAUAAGGAAGGACGUGAACGUCAGCUUGACAAGGAGGAGAGGAUGAUCCAAGAGCACAGUCGAAGUCGAGAUCAGAAACGACACAAAUCCAAAGACCAAGAGAGCCAGCAGCAGGAUGGUGAGAAAGACCAUCACCAAGACAGGGAGCAUUCUGAAAAGAACCACCUCAAAGAACAGGAUCAUAGCAGAGAUCGAGUCAAAGACAAGAGCCGUGACCGUGAACUAGACAAAGACAAAGGACGUGUAAAAGAGAGGGACAAGGAGAGGCUGAGGGACAGAGAGAAGGAAAAGGACAAGGGGCGAGACAAAGCCAAUGAAAAGACAGGAUCCGGACAUUCCAACAGAGACAGACACAGAGAAAGAGACAAGGAGAAACGAAGAGACAAAGAGCAAGAGAGAGAUCCCGAGCGACACAAAGAGGUUGAAGACAAGAGCAAAAGUUUGAAGAACAGCAAUAGCAAGGUCACAAUAUCAGAAAAACCUCAGCAAACCCCCAGCACUGAUGAGUCCGUUGUUAAAGCCAAACCCAUGCCAGAGCCUGCUGAAGCAGCUGACAACCAGUCUGACAGUCCAGCUAGAAUACCACGGCCUUCAUCUGCAAAAGGACAGAGACAAAGGCCCAAAAUUGAAGGUCAGGGUAAAGAUGAAUCUGACAGUGAGGGAGAUAGAGACGCUCAUGUAGCCCAGAGAUCUGUCACCCUGGAAAAUGGAGAUGCUGGAGGCUACUCAGUGCCAUCCAACAUGGCCUCCAGCAGGAUGUACACUCCACGGCCUGGCAGUGCUCGUCCCGCACCUCCCAGAGUGAAGAAACAAGAAAGCAACAUUGACUCUGUCCCAGCUGAGAGGCUGGCGAGUGGAAAGUCAUCAGCACAGGUCAUUGUGGAUGGAAAAAAGAUUUCUGACCAUGAGGAGGAUGAUGAUCAGUUUCUUGUCAAGGAGUCUCUGGCUCCAUAUUCUGACAUUAAUACAACUUUGGAGGAGCCUGUACAAGAGCUAAUUGAUGAAGAGAAGCAUGGUGGCCUUGUGAAAAAGCUCCUUGAGACCAAGAAAGACUAUGAGGCAUCACCAUCAGCUCGCAAGUCCAAAGAGCAGAAUGUGGCGUCUGAGGCAGCACAGAAGACGGUGAGAGACAUGGUGACACGGGAGAUCGAGCGGACCCGCUCUUUCAUCCAAACUGUGUGCCGCAGCACCCUGCCUCAAGGCAAGAUCAUAGACUACAUCCAGGAGGAUAUGGAUGCCAUGCAGGCUGAAUUCAAUACCUGGCGUCAGGAAAACAAGGAGCAUGCGCGGGCCUUGCUGGAGGAGCAGAGAGCCACAGACCUCGUGGUGGAGCCUCUUAAGGCUGAACUAGCUGAGCUGGAGCAGCUGAUAAAGGAGGAGCAAGACAAGAUUUGUGCUGUCAAGUCCAACAUAAUGAAGAAUGAAGAGAAAAUUCAGAAGCUGGUGACUGGCAUCAGCCUCUCUUCCAAAACCUGAACAGAGAAACUCUGAAAUAUGCACUGAUGCUUUAGAGGUGAACUGUUUCUUGUUUGAAGCAAUUUUUAGAACGUUUGUUGGAGAUGAUCUGGUACAGAAAAUUAUACUGCACUAUCAGAGGUUACUGAGCAGGGGUCUAAAUUGCAAACUGUGUGUGGACUUCAGGUUUUUUUUGUUUGUUUUGUUUUAAAGAGUCUAGCAGUAAUUGGGCAACUGAGUAGUGAACUCUUUUGCAGAUCUCAGAGAUUAGUUAAAUCAGUCAUUAAGAAAUAAAAGAGAAGGAGCACAAUAUAAUAAAUGUGCUGAGAGCGGUCCAUCCUGAAAAACCCGAUGUCCUUUUAUAGUCUGAUUUGUCACAGACAUAACAAAUGAAUGAUGCACACUCAGCCACAAAAGAGAUCAGCAGCAAAUUGUCAGUUGUGGGCCAUUUAAGAAAAAGAGGGAGGCCACACACAAAUGUUGCUGUAAUUCCUGCACUGUUCAUGUGAUUGAGGUGUAGUUACCCUCAAAGCUGACAUUAUGUACCAAGUACCAUGUACUUGUGCACUACUAAC